GCGGACAGCAAAAGAAAAGCCUUUUAAAAUAUCUUCUGGUUCCCGCUCUGUCCUUCACAUUCCCCUUCUCGCUCUCACACUCAGCUAAGCUUCACUCAACCUGACUCAUCAAUCGAUUGCAAAUUCAUGGAAGAAACAGCUGCAGUACUCACAGUCAAAGAGCUAGUUAUCCGUGCUCAGCCACUCACCGGUACAUCUUCCCUCAAAUCCAAACUAAACUCAACAAACCAAAAACCCCAAUCUCAAUCACCACUACCUUCCACAAACCCUAACCCUAAAAUUCUUACUCCCUUGAACCACUCAGUGAUCUUACUCGGAACCUUAACUCUCCCAACCGAAACCCUAAAAUGUCCAAUCAGGAAUUGCUUUCGAUUCUCAGAUGAUUCAUCCACAAUCUGCUGUGAUAUUCUCGAUUUCCGUGUCAAUAUAAUCGGGAAGAAGAUUCGAGUUCUCGCUUGGAAUUUCAUUCCUUUGAAACAUUUCUGUGGCGGCGGCUUCUUAGAGAUUAUCAAAUGGAGUUUUGUAGAUUCAACCAGUAGUGUAAUAUCUCGCAGUUCGAGUUCCUUAGAUUUAUUUCCAUUAGUUUCAGGUUCGCCUUCUAAUGAAGAAGAUCAAUCCAAGGCACGUUAUAGCGUUAACGGUCCAAUUGAAUCGAUAAGUCCUGUUUUUAUUGUUCCUUGUUCAAUUGGUGAUGGUCAAUCACAAAAUCUUCGAGGGUUUGUUGCGCGAAUUAUGGUUUGUCAGUGUAAAACAUGUAAUUCUCCUGAAUCAAUUAAGUUUUCGCAUAGCAUAGAUCAAGGAAGCGAUUCUCAUUCUUUUACAAAACCUUCCUUUGUGUAUUUUUGUGGUGCUUCGUGGUGUUGGCAUCCUGUGAUUACGAAGCUUGUAGGGAUUGUGAUUAUGCUAUCUGGGUUGAAAAAGAAGUUAGUUUUUAUAGGAAAAGAGGAGUCUCAAUUGAUGUUUGUGACUACUGAAUAUUCUGUUUUGCAAUUGCCAAAAGUGUUGAAGAAAUGGCCACCGCUCUCGAGAAAUGUUAUCCGAGGGAAUGGGGAAUGUGGUGUUUAUACCGGAGUUGUUAGAGGUGUGUAUAUGCAAGGGAUGGUUGUUGAAUUGGACAAGGAAGUGUGGCUUUUAUUAACGGAUCAGCUAGUUACUGCACCACAUAGUCUUAGAGAGGGUGCGAUUAUAUCAGCGAGGAAUGUCCAUUUUGUGAAUCCAAAAUUUUCUUGGACAAAAAUGCUCGUACUUGGGGCUUGCUUCAAAACUAGCAUUACUGUGGAAUCGUUCUCCCCAUUGGAAACUGGAUGCCAUAUGGUGGCUCAGUCACAGAGUCAGCUGGGGAAGUUCAUUGAGUCCUUGACAUUUUCUGCCAGACUAUGGACACUGCUUGUUAUUUCAUGCUUCCGGAAGAAGUUUGCUGGGAUUUUAUCUGAAAAGGAGAUUCUGGGAUCAAAACAUAAGGAAGGGCUAGCUCAGAUGUUUGCUAGAUCACAUUUGCCUGAAUCAAUUUUUCGAGCUCGGCUUGGAGUACUGACAGAAUUAUGCAGGCAUGAAUCAUGUGGCUGUGGUAGUGAGCCAUAUCAUGGUAACCUGAAAUUGGUGGCACCUAUCUCUAUUUUGCUCAGUCAUUGUGAUAACAUGUGGAUGAGGACAGUAUCAAAUGACUGUCAUACUUCACAGGAAAAAUCUCGCUUUAACUUACUGUCACAUGAAAGGACAUCUUAUUGUUUGCCAUUGAGGAGGAAUUUUUCGAGCGAAGAUAUAGGCAUUCUUUUGCUUGGAAGUCUGAAGAUCUCUCCAUCUUCUGGAAGGUUGCAGUUAGUUGAUGCGACUGGAAGCAUCGAUGUUCUGGUACCCGACCUUCCAUCCACUUGGAAGACCAACAACAUCUAUGAGGUUGUUGACUAUAGUCUCAUUAUGGAAGGCAUGCCUAAAGUUGUGGAUCAUUUGGGGUUGCUCAACAAUGAGUCUCUCUCAUGCAGCCAUAUCUUUCAUUAUGUGCCACGGGCAACAGAGAUGAACUUGGCAAUAUUUUCCUAUUUUCACUUAAGCCGUGCAACGUGCAGAAAUCUUUGCUUUUAUCCUUCUGUGCCCUUUAAUGAAGAUCUUCAGGAACUUCAAAGUGGAAGAUUUCACUUGAUUUGGAUCUCACACAAAUAUCCUUUGCUACAUCAGUUACAAGGUGAUCCAGUGAUACCAAACAGGGCCAAUGUGUUUGUUGAGGCCGUUGUCCUGCCUUGGGACCUGUCUAUUGCAGGCAUGGAUCCAAUUGCACAUUCUGGUGAGAUUUCAAGGAUUUGGCUGAACAAACCCUUGAGACAUUACAUUGGCGAAAACAAUGAAGAAUAUUUACCCAAUAAGAAGUGUAAGAUGGAUUGCAUGCCCAGCCAGGCUUUUGUUUCAGUUUUAGUUGAUGAUCAGAGCUAUGUUGGCAGUGAGCUGAGCGCUUGCUCUGGUUCUCUUAGGGAAUCAACUAAGUGGAAAUGUGGAGAACUGAGCUGUCCUGAAAUUCCAUGUAUGGCCAUUGCUAGAAAUGCCAACAGUCACAACUUGGUUAGUUCAGGGAAGUUGUGCUGCACAAAUUGCAAGGUAAAGAUUGGUGCUGAUUAUAAACCAAGUGGCAGGAAGAUAUUGCUGGAGUUCAGUUCUGACAGUUUAUUCAGGUAUCAGAUGCUGCAGAUUGGGGGUUACUAUGUAAUAAAGCACCAUAAAGAAGAAUCUUUUUGCUGUCUCAAGGACUACAACAAUACUGGUGGUGGUAAAAUUUGUGUCUCUUCCAGAAUAUGUCUGUGGAGCCUUUCAUUCUCAUCUGAUGAUGUUACAAAUGAUAAAUCAUUAGAUGAUGCUCCUCCUGGUGAUUCUUCUCUAAGCAAUGAAGAGGUUCUGAUGAAAAAUCAAGUUGAGCUACUUCUCAGGAGGUCUACUGGAAACUCUCCAGAAUGCUCAGAUGUCCAGCUUCAUCUCUCUGCCGAUAUAAUGCAUCUUUUGGUACUGAAGCUUAACAAAAUGAAAGAAGGCUUCAUGCCAGUUGUGAUGCCAGAAGAGGCUUUUAAUGGAUCUCCUCACUUUAUGACCAAAAUGUCUGCAUCUAGUACGCCCUUCGCAUCUUCCAAUUCCUGUUGUGUAUUUCCUGAAGGAAAUUUAAUAUCUGUGCUUGGCAAUGUUGUCGCCUUUCAUUUUUUAAACUCCAAUUUGGCCAAUGCUCAUUCAAGCUGUGAAACCGUGAGUGACAUUCCUCAUAUGGGAUGCUUUCAGGGGAUUCCAAGCAGUUGUUGUGUUCAUGUUUUAGUAGACAAGCAAAUGGUGAGAAUUUUUGGUUCUUUGAGCAAACAUGCAUAUGCUGUUGGAUUUGGAGCUGGUGUAAAUGCCACAUUUCAUCGAGUUCUUAAAUUGAGGGGAACAAAUAGAUUGAUGCUGACUCCUGCUUCAUUUAUAGUGAUCAAUUCCUUAAGGGUUGCAAAUGAAGCGUCCCAGGAAAAUUCUUCUGAUUUGUGGUUAUACAGAUCAUCAGCUGCCUCUUUGGACAAAGUUUCGUUUGUUAUGAUUUCAGAAUUGAAUCAACGCACAGAGAGCAAGCCUGUGAAGUUCUAUUGCAGGGUUGUUGCUGUUCAUGUCCUGGUUCUGGAGAACAGAAAAUAUUUGGCAUCAAAAGUUCACUCCAUGCAACAUUUUCUUGACAUUCCACUUGCUUCUUUUGUGCUGGAUGAUGGAUCAUCAUCAUGUUAUUGCUGGGCUAAUGCUGAAAGAGCAGCAACUUUGUUAAGGCUGCAUGAAGAACUUCCGAUGAGAGCUUUUGAAAGCAGUGACUGCACAUUAAAGCGGGUAGGGAUUACCAAGAGUUCCUGGAAAACCACUAUGUAUCAUCUUGAAAAGAUGUUAAAGAAGCAUCACAGGAUUGUCGUGAAAAACCACGGGUCAAUGGUAGAUUCUUCAUAUCAAGAUCUUAAUGUUUCUGUCAGUUCAGAUGAUGACCUCAGCAGCUCAGAUGACAACCUCCUGAAAUUCAUAAUCUUCCAUGCUUGCUUUGGAACAUUUUGGACUGUUACAGCGAGUGCGAUGGAGAUGAAUGCUGUUAAUCAGUUGGAAAAGGAGCACCUUAUGCAAAUGGAGAUGGCCCCGCAUCCCAUGCAGAAUGUAUGGGCUAGGGAAGUUUGUUACACGGAUACUCGUACCGAGGCCUGGAACAUGGUUCAAGAACAGCUAAGAAGUUGUGUUGUAGGGACCAGGCAGCAUAAUCCUGCGAGUCCGGGGACCUUUUUGCCAUGUGUUUGUGUACCUGUUGUCUUACCUACAGUGGCAUUCUGGGAUUGACUGCUAUUAUUGUAGUUAUAUGAUUUAUUGACCCAAGCAUAUCAUUCUGUACCCAAGCAUAGAAUCUCUUCUUCCACAUUCGGAACACGAGGUUAGGGUUUAAGAUUCUGUACACAAAUGCCAGAUACAACAUAAUGAUCGACCUAGGAGUUUGUAUAUACGAAAGACAUUUUAAGAAAAUUCAUAUAAGCCUUCUGAGCAUAUACAUGCUGUAUUGUAUCA